CUCCUUGAGUAUAUUCCUGAUUCCUCUGCCCUUCUGUGUUGUUAUGUUGAAUGCAGUUUGUUAUUCAACAAUAUAUUGGUUGACUAGCUGGACCAAAUGCUCAUGAUCCCCCUUUUGACCUUCUUGUGACUUGGUCUACCUGCUUCUUGUUGUUAGAUGUAUAUGUAUCUUUUGUAGUUUCCCCGUUGCAUAUUUCCUAAUACCUGUAGAUGUAUAUAUUUGGGCCUAGAGCCCUCAUAAUGAAUACAAGUGCUAUUCAUAACAUGGUAUUAGAUCCAUACUAGGGUUAGGUUUCUUCUCAAUCUUCCCUAGGCGAUUUUUUUCCCCACCGCACGUUGCACUUGUGUGCAUCUUACCACCACGUCACAUCGAUUUCUGCUCUUCGUUUUGGAGCACAUCAUCGACUUGCUGCUUCCUCGACCGUCCAUGGUCGCGCCGCCGCCACUUCCGCCGUCCGUGGCUGCACCGUCACCCCAGGCCGCGCCGCUGCCUCGGGCCCGCCGCCUCUUGCCGCGCCACCACCUCGGGCCGUGCUGCUUCUUCGGCCGUCCGUGGCUGCGCCAUCACAACUUUUGAAUCACACUCAACUAGAACUUGGUAGGCCUGUUUCAAACUCAAACAGCAACACAUUAAGGCUCAGAUUUCACUGCUUCCAAAGUUACCCUGAUAAAUAUCUGAAAUGCCGCUUGGAUCUGUGUCAGUGACUCAAUGGGUUGGGUUGGGUUGGGUUGGCGUAGUUUGGCUUCUUUUGGCUGCCUGGUUACCAAAUGCCACCUCCAUAUGUGGGAUUCCUUCCCCUUUCUAUCAGUGUUGUUGCAUUUGAUUUUGCAAUUGUAUGGUUGCGAGAUUAAUGAACAAAUUGGCACGUGUAUGUGUUAGAGUAUAUUAGGCAACUCCAGAUAUGGUUAGUUUAGGAUUGAUUGUAAUCUCGGGAUAACCUUCCUUAUAUCUAGGAGAUGCUACUUGCCCUCCAAGCCAUGUACUCCUAUAUAUACCGCCCAAUGGGCUCAAUGCAAUAUAUCAACCAUAUUAUACGCAUCCUACCUUUCCUACAUGGCAUCAGACGCCUAGGUUUUAGAUCCUAACCUAGCCGCCGCCGCUUCCGCUGCCGUCGCGCCGCCCCCGGGGAGACCGAUCUCCGCCGGGGGCAGUGCCCUCCUAGGAUGCGCCGCGGAUCCCUCUGAUCCGCGCAGCUGUCGUCGUCAACAAGCAGUAGGGGACCUACCUCUUUCCGUCGCCCAUUGGAUCCAUGGCUGCGCCGCCGUCGUCCUCGUCGGGCACUGCGUCGCCAUGGGCCCGCCGCCGAGCCUGCCCUGCCUCUGCGUCAUCGCUCCCUCGGCACCGCAUCCAGAUCCGCCCGCCCCUCCCGCCCAUCAGGCCAGGCGCGCCGCCUCCUACCAGCGCCGCCGCACCGCUCCUCCAGAGCGCGCGUGCCCUGUGCGGCUGCAGAGGACCACCGCGGGGACGCCAGGCCACUGCGCCAUCGGGGCCAGCGGGCCGCCGCACCGCCAAACGAUGUCAACGCCGGGCCGCAGCGCUACCGCCGCCCUCCCUCACCGGCUCCAUCCUCCGCGUUGUUGGGCGCCGUCCCCUUCACCCACUGCGCCACUUCCGCCGCUGCCAUACGCGCGAGGACGCGGCUGUGGGGGCGGCUCAUGGGGCCGCUACCCGCCGCGCAGCUGGAGGAGGACGUCGCUCGGGCUGCACGCCGAUUCGCUCACGGGCGGGUCUCACCACUCUGCUUUGCCUCUCCACCGUUUGACCGACGGGUGGAUGAGGAUAAGGUUGGGGGGUAACGCUCCGCGCACCCGAGAUUGUACCCGCAGGCUGCAGUGAUGACGUUCGUGAUCAAGCCACCCUACCGGUAUCGUCGUCUUUUCAGGCGGUGGCGCCACUCGCCGCCGGUCUUCGUCAAGCAGGCGCUCGAUCCACCUCCGCGCCUCCAGCCGUUCUCGCGCGGACAUCGCCGCCGAUGUUCCUGAAGGAAGACG